UCUCUGUCUCUCUCUAUAUAUACACAAACAAGUAGGCAUAUAAAUUACAAACAUCUGGAGAGCUAAAACUUAAUUGAUCAUCAUCGGCAACAACAUUAAUCUCAGUUUUUUUUUUGUUUUCCUUAAAAGUUAAAAUUGAUCAAUUUAGCAAUGUCUGAAAGAGGAAAGAUGAAGUCGGAGCCAAUGAAAGUUGUGUUCAUUAACACACAGUACGUUGAGACAGAUGCUCGUAGCUUCAAAAAUGUUGUUCAAGAACUCACAGGUAAAGAUGCCAUCGUGGCCGCCGGUCCUUUCGAGUCUCCCUCCCCUUCUGAUGGUCGUUGUUACGGUGGAGGUAAUAGUACUGGUGGAAAAACCAGACGGCCCUACGACGGCAGAGGAGUGGGGACAACUACGGAGUUUGAUAGGUUUUUCAAGGAGUUGCCUCCCAUGGAGGAACUGUACAAGCUAUGGUCUGAAGAUUGAGUCACUAAACUGAAUUAUAUGUUAAUGGUUUAAUCUUUUUUUGACAGCGACUUAAUCUUCCUUUUAUUCUCAAAUUCAAAUCUAUGGUUCAUCCAAGAUAAAGUUAAUCAUCUCCUUAAGUGGAUUGUCAUUCUGAGAUUAGUGAUUAUAGGUCUUGUUGAGAUUGUGAA